GCAUCGUCGAAAAUACUACUUUUGCGGCGCCGCUACACGGCGGCGUCUCUCCCCAACAACUCCUCCGACAUAUGCUUGUCGACGCCCCUAACGAAUAUGGCCAACGCUAUAUUGCAACGGCCGUGCAUGUUGCUGCCACCGGGGAAGCUGACCUUGUUCUUCGCUUGGCCUGUGUCUUCCUGGACGAUCUCCUUUUACCGAUGCUAGCAAAUAUGAGCGCUGUGAACCGUCUCCCUCCAAGUUCCAGCCCCACGCCUAUCCUUCAAGUCGAACCGGCCGCCAUCGAGAUAGAGCCUGUAGACCGAACCGAACAACAAGAAUUGGACCGCCUGCGUCACAUCAGGGAAAAUAGGACUUGUUGCGUCACAGGGUUCUCGUCGGACGAACGCGCUCUAGAGCUUCACGCCAGCGGUCAACUGGCUCAAGUGAGAGCUAUCGUAGAGCUCGAAACAGCUUAUGUCAUUCCAUUGGCACUCAACUCGUUCGACGAACCACACUCAGCAUCAGGCGGCUCGCACACGGGAUAUGCUCCGCAGUUGGACCAAUAUCGAUUUACCGGGACUCGUUGGAAGUACUAUCAACACGCCUCGCAACGCUAUGCUUAUCAAUCGAUUCGACCACCAAAAAUCCGGAAAGUUCAAGAUCUGGUUUGAGGAGAAUUCCGGCUGUGCGAACGGAUACAUAGUGAAAACAGCGCGGGGCGCUGUCCUAGCCAACGCUCGUUUCGAUGGCAAAGCGCGAUUCUGUAGCAUUGAUGACAUCGAUCCGCCCGACCUCCAGCUCCUUCGAGUUUACGCAGCAUUUGCAAAAGUGUUGAGUGCGUGUGGGGCUGCGGACGUCUACGCGAAGUUGGAGGAAGACUUGGAUCGCGGCCGGGGUAUCGUGAAGGACGAAGCGUCAUCAAUGAUAUUGACUGCCCGGCUGGACGCCAUCAAUUAUGUC